AUGGCUUCUGUCUUUGAAGGAUUGAUGACCUCCAGACGUCGACCAUCCCGGUCUCGAUCAGACGCUGGCAAGCCACUACAUGCGAGGUGGGGCGACACUGCUAUUUCGGCUCCUCAUGAUGGUGGAUGGGCUCAGCAGUAUCCCGACAAUGACCUCAACAACCCAGUCUAUCAAGCUCAUGGCAGUCCCGACUCCCAAAAGACGUUGGUCAGCACUUCACCCGAUCCAAGUUCGGAUGGGUUGAAGAUGGCCGCCCUUGCCUAUGAGGAAAUCCGGCAACCAACGCCGCCAUUCGUUCAAAAGGACCGACAUGCUAUCACGAUCACCAUCCCUUUGCCUUGGUCUCGGAAGAAGGAACACCGUCGUUCAACGUCGAGCCAUGCUGUCCGCGUACCAGCUUCACAAUCUGAGAAAGUCAUCACGGCUGAGGCGAGACCAGCGCUGGCGUCCAUUUCCACCAACAUUGACGAAGUCAUUGUAGCGGAAUCCCGCCCAGCUUCGGAAGAACCGUGUGCGCAGUCUCCUGUUUUGCUGACAACCUCACCGGUCUAUGACGAUGUUAGCACAUUCUUCACAAGAGCAGCUUUCCCCGAAAAAGGCUACGCAACGAGUCGACUCCCACCCAUCCAGACCUCUGUUCCUCCAACCAAGAGUCUGCCAGCCUCCGCCACCUCCAUUCUCAGCCCUGUGGCCGAGAAGUAUGAUGGUCUUUCAGAGAGCAAUAAUGCCACUCCGAUGGAUAACACGCCGAUCGCCACGCAUCUCGAUGCAGCUGUAUUAACUCCUGUCGAAACCGAAGAGGUGAUUGAUGUGGCAGGGCUCACCUUUACCCUUGCAAGCCGCACGCGGUCCGCUACGCCUGCCCCUAUUCCACCGUCUAGGGUCAAUAGUCCUAUCGAGACUUCUGACAUUCAAAUACCACGAGCUUCCUCUAGAAGUGCAGUCAGAGACCGUCCUCGCUCAGAGUCUCGUGGUCCAAGUCUUACUGAUGUUGCAUAUAUGAGAACAGCAUCCCGAGGACCACCGGAGCCACCGGCCAGUGAAGGUCGUUGGAUGUCGGAACGCAGGUCAACUUCGCAAGAGCCAGUCUCUCGUCAAGCGGGACGUGGGGAGUCAUCUCACAGGAGAGCGCUAUCACGCGAACCUGGUCGUCGAACCAGUUCUCCUCCUCGCCGCCGAGCUUUGUCUCGCGAUACACAGUCACGGCGCGCAUUGUCAAGGGAACCAGAUGCUGGUCUAGUCAACACAUCAGACCUCCUGAGCCGACGUGCUCGUUCAAAAGAACCGAGAGCGUGCCGCCCUGAUUCUCCCAAUCCGGGUGCAUUCCGUGCCCAUUCACGGGGACCUCGCUCCCGUGAGCUCGACACUCCAGUUGCGACCAACGGACAAGCAUUCGAUGGCGACUCGAUCAUCGAAGGGUCUAAAAACGUUGACCCAAGGUCAAUCCAAACACAUGCUCGUGGACCAUCCCGUCGGCGUGGCUUGUCGCCUACACCCACGACCCGCCGAGCAGUCUCACGGGAGCCCUUCAGUCGCCGUCGUAUCUCUGUCGAGUUCUCGCGCCGCGCAGCAUCUCAAGAGCCGGUGAGGCGGCGUGCAAGUCCCAGAGAAGACUUCACUUUCCCUUGGGUCCGAGAAAAUGCAGCGACGACGAAGAAGUCACCCGCAACCGCAUCAUCGCCGACAGAGUCGACUUCUACUACCGACGACGAUUCAGCUGCUGACGAGACGACCGACAUCGAGACCGAGUCCGAGGAGGUUUAUUUUGAAUCGCGAAAGGGAUGGAACGGCCACGCGGGAGCAGCACCAGCAGGUCAAGGAUUCUACGCCGGCGUCUUGCAGGACUACAAGGCCAUCGGCAGGGACGUGGAAGCAGAACAGGCCCAAAGCGAGCCCCAUGGUGUAAAAGCGAGUAUCGUCAAUUUGGUGACGGUCAAGAAAGAUAUCAAGAAUCUAGAGCACAGGCCCAAGUAUGGAGGUCCCGACCUUGUACCCUCACAAGAGGAGCUGUGGGGAUGA